CGCCGCCUCCACCUCGCCGCGACACCGCCUCCUCCUCGUCGCGACGCCGCGCUCACAGUCCCGAGGUCAAUAUUACGGCAUUAUCAUAAUGUCUAAUCCAAAACAUCAAGAUCUCGGAUGGGAUCAUGGUAUUCCGGUUUUGGAUAAGGGCAUUACGCAUGUGCGAUGUAAGUAUUGUCAUAAAAUUACGAAGGGAGGUAUUUAUCGGCAUAAAUUGCAUCUCAUUGGAGGAAAUAGAAAUGUUACGAGGUGCACAAAAUGUCCCCAAAUUGUUAGAGAUGCAAUGAAAGAAUUUAUGCAAAGUAAGAAGAAAAUAAAGGAUGAAUGGAGUUCAACGGGUGUUCCUUCUAUGUUUUAUGAAGAUUGUGAUGAAAGUAUAGAUUUUUCAAAGGCGGCAGAGAUGGGAUGUAGUAUGGAAUCUUCUAACAAAACAAUUAAAGGUCCCAUGGAUUUGUAUUUUAAUACAAGAGAACACCAAAAUUUGAAAAGAUCAAAAGGCGGCGAAAAUGUAACUCUGGAGACAUGCAAGCAAGAGUUGAGGGAUAGAGCUCUUGUGCAAUUUUCACGGUGGAUGUAUGAGGCUGGACUACCAUUUAAUUGUGUUUCUUAUAAUAAAAGUUUGCAAGGAUUUAUUGAUUGUGUUGCACAACAUGGCCCGGGAAUGAAGGCACCUUCAUAUCAUGAAGUUAGAGUAUCAUAUCUUAAAAGGGAGGUAGAGCAUAUUAAGGAGUUGUUCGAAGGGCAUGAGGAGAUGCGCAAUAAGUAUGGUUGUUCUCUAAUGAUGGACAAGUGGACAGAUAGAAGAGGUCAUACAUUUAUUAAUGUCUUAGUUAAUUGUUCACUUGGAUCAUAUUUUCUCGAGUCAGUUUGUAUUAGUAAGGACAUGGUGGAUGGAAAUAAAAUGUUAGAGCUUUUUGAAGCUUUUGUGAAUCAAGUGGGGAAGGAAAAUGUUGUACAAGUCAUAUCUGACAAUGCUUCUGAAAAUGUGAGAGCUGGCAAGGAUUUAAUGGAAUUGUACCCGACUUUGUAUUGGAUGCCAUGUGCUGCUCAUUGCAUCAAUUUGAUAUUCGAAGAUAUUUUUGAGAUUCGUCAUUUUGCAUUGGCGUACAAGCGGGCAUUGAAGUUGUCGGUGUACAUCCAUUCAAAGACAAAACUUUUGAAUUUGUUGAGGACAUAUACCAGAAAGCGGGAUUUGGUUAAGUUUGCUAAAACUCGAUUUGCUACAGUAUUCUUGACAUUCAAGAGGCUUCACGAGCAGAAGAACAAUUUGAGAAGAUUGUUCAAAUCAGAAGAAUUCCUCACUAGCUCUUAUUUCAAUGAAGCAGCAGGGAAGGAGUGUUCUAAAAUUGUAGAAAUGCCAAAUUUUUGGAAUACAAUUCUAGAGGCACUUAAAAUAGGUGAUCCAUUGAUUAGCACCCUCCGGUUAGUUGAUGGGGAAAUUAAGCCAUCUAUGGGCUAUAUUUAUCCUGCGAUGGAGAUUACAAAGGAAGCAAUUGCAAAAGCUUUCAACAAUAAUUCAAGCAAGUACAAUAAGGUCUUUGAAAUCAUAGAUAAAAGGUGGAGUUCCCAGUUUCGUCAACCAUUGCAUGCAGCCGCAUACUACUUGAAUCCAGAUUACUUCCGGUAUAUUGGCGAGACACCGAUUUCUCCUACUGUUCGUUCGACAGAGGUUGUUGCUGGUUUUUAUGAGUGUUUGGAGAGAUUGAUUCCAGAUCAAGAUUUGUAUGAGAAAAUUACUAAAGAAGUAUCUACUUGGGAAGCUGGUCGGGGUUUAUUUGGCUUGACAGUUGCAAAGAAACAACGUGGUGUUAAGCGUCCAGAUGAUUGGUGGUUUUCUUUUGGGAGCUCAACUCCACAUUUGAAAGAUUUUGCGAUUAAGAUCCUCAGCCUCACUACUAGUGCAUUAGGAUGUGAAAGAAAUUGGAGUGUGUUUGAACAUUUGCAUUUGGAAAGGAGAAACCGCCUUGAGCACAUGCGCCUUAAUGAUUUGGUUUUCAUCAAGUAUAACAGAUCAUUAAGACGACGAUGGGAAAUGCGGAAUACCAUUGAUCCAAUUAGUUUGGAUCAAAUUGAUUUUUCUAAUGAAUGGUUGACAGGUAUUCCGGAUGAUGUUAAUGAAGAGUUGGUGUUUAGUGAUGGAGAUGAUUUGACUUGGGGAGAUAUUGCAAGGUUUUCCGGUGCGAAUGAGACUCCUUAUUCCCUUAGGCAUGCUUUUAAAGGAAAAGAGAAGGUAGGGAGUUCAAGGUCUAAGGAAAAAGAAAAAGUUGUGGAACAUAGACUAGUGGAUGAAGAUGAUGUUGAUGAAGAAGAUGGAGAAGCAUUUGAGGAUGAAGAGGCAAAACCAAGUGCCACCUUGUUGUAUGGGGACUUUUAGCUUCAACCAGAAAUAUAUGAAAUAUGGAGACA